ACCCCCCAUCCCCCCCAGCUGCCUCCCCCUCCUCGCCCCCCACAGAGGCGGGGCUCCUCUCUGGCGUGGGCACACAUGUAGCCAUGGAGAGGGAGGUGGGCGUGGUGCCCCUGCUGCCUCCAUCGCCCCCCCCAGACGAGGGAGACCCAGCCCGGACAGUGCCUUCCUCAUCCUCAUCCUCAUCCUCAUCCUCAUCCCCAUCCUCAGACUCAGACUCUUCGUCCCUCGGGGCUCAGAGCAGGAGGAGGGAGGAGCAGCAGCAGGAGGAGGGAGGAGCCAGCCACAGGAAGGAGCCUUGCCCAGAAAGAGGAAAUGAAGAUGGGAUGAAGAGACACCAAACCAGGGAGGUGGUGCAGGGGGGGUCAGACUCUGUAAUGGAGGCAGAGGCCUGCAGUAACAGACAGGGACCAGCAGAGGAGAGCCCCACUGCCCAGGCCUACAGCACUCAGAAGACCUCUCUCACCAGCUGCACGCCGGCCCCUGGGCGUGGUCUGGUCACCGUGGGAACAAUGGGCCCUGCAGCCCCCCCCGACAGGGACUCUAGAGGGGGCGGAGUCUGUGGCCCAGGAGGGGGUGGAGCCUGAGGCUCCAGUCAGCCGGAAGAGGAGGUGGAGUUCCAGCACAUUGGCCGCUGCUAAGCAACAGCAGCACCAGCCCUGCGACGGCAUCGGCACAGAGGAGGCUCAGGGGCAGGCUGUGGGCCCGGAGGCCCCAGGCAGCCGGGAGGCGGUGGUGGAGCUGCACCCAGAGGAGAGCCGCCUCUCUGGGGGCGAAGAGGACCAGGCUGGGGGGUCCAAGAUCCAGCGCACAGCCCCACAG